CUUCUGGAUCUGCUGCAGCACCGUCUGGAUGAAGCUGAACAGAUCGCUAUGAAGGGAGGCAAGAAGCAGAUCCAGAAGCUCGAGGCCAGGGUGAAGGAGCUGGAAAAUGAGGUGGAACUGGAGCAAAAGAAAAGCACCGAAGCUGUGAAAGGCAUCCGUAAAUACGAACGCCGUAUGAAGGAACUUACCUAUCAGAGUGAGGAAGACCGCAAGAAUAUUGCCCGACUCCAAGACCUGGUAGAUAAGCUGCAGUUGAAGGUUAAAUCUUACAAGAGAACUACUGAGGAUGCUGAGGAACAGGCUAAUGUUCACCUCGGUAAGUUCCGGAAGCAGCAGCACGAGCUGGAUGAGGCUGAAGAGAGAGCUGACAUUGCUGAGACUCAGGUCAACAAGCUGCGUGCCAAGAGCCGUGAUGUGGGCCCCAAGAAAGUGUUUGAGGAAGAGUGAAGCUUUGGAGCCUGCAGAAAUCCCUUAGCCCGCUGUGUGCUGUAGAACAGAGUAUAAGGCCGACAUGGGAGAAAAUUUUAAGAUUUCAAGAAUAAAGUUGUAAUAUUUAGAGAAAAAAGGGCAUUGUAUUGCAACUAAAAACAUGCUUUCUAAUUAGAAUAAAGUCAUUAUAUUUCAAGUUGUAUUAUGACACAAAUGUAGUUGUAAUUUCAUUUGGAAGGAACACAGUUCAACAAAACAGUUGGAAAACACAUUGACACAUAAAUCUUCACCACCUGAUAAAGUGCAGCUAUACACACACUUCCCUUAGGAUUUCAAUGGAAAGCCUCGUGAGUAGGAAGAUACUAGCAUAGGGAAGGAACCAGUCAGAAUAACUGAGGGCUUCAGUGGCCUUUGGACUGUUCAAAAAGAUUAAAGUAUGCAAAUGAAAUUGAAUAGCAACUAUACGCAUAAUAUCAUUCAUAGCAACCUAUCAUAUUGAGACUUUAUUUUCAAAAUAUUAUGACUUAAUAUUGGAAAUCUCAGAUUGGGAUUUUUUCCCAAUAGAGGCCUUACUACUCCAUUGUAUUGAUUCCCUUUGCUAUCACAACCUGUAAUGCUUAAUAAAAUCUCAUCAAAAAUGUUAA